AUGGCUCAACGCAACGAGGAUUUCAAAGCCGCUAUGGUGCACAUGAAAAGCGGAGAGAAUAUCCUUAGGGAAGCGAUACAAAAUGGACAGACUCGGUCUGAAAUUGUUCGGCUAAUGGCUGCGACAUUCAUGGGUCUAUCAGCCGAUGCAAAUAAUGAUGUGAAUGUCAUCAAACGAUUCCCUUUAGCAAAGCGCCGCGCCUUUCUCAAGCUCAAGAAUAUGGGUUCCGACUAUGCAAGGCUUCUACGACGGAUAACGCAAGAGCACCACCAUGUCAUCGAAACGUCGACGCUUGGAUUCCUAUCAAUCGCCUUCACCACGAUGAACCAAGCGAUCAGCUCUACCAUGUACCCGGACAUACUGGUCUUUUCUGGAGAUGAUGGAAUCGUCCCCGCGGCGGAGAUCCGCACUCACUUGACGUGGGAGGAUUCUGUGUUAAAUCUUGACGACAUGACAAGCAUGUACCCAUCUUUAUCCUAUGGGCUAGAGGAAUAUUUCAAAGCGCAGGGCGUGGCUAGAGUUGCUCCAUUGGCGUCGUCUCUCGGCGACCUGACGAAGCAAGUCAAAGUCUUCGUGGAUAACUACGUCGUACGAGCGUUAGAAAUCGAGCCCCGAAUGACGGCCGGCACGUUUUGGCUCGACGAUGAAGCAAUUCCGGGGUGCUUGAUGGACAAUCACCUUGGUCGACCUCAGAUUGGCAUUAGCCCAUCUCUCGGUCAAGAGCGUGCUCCCCGUCACGAAGACCCCGUUCUACGCGAGAGAAGGGAGUAUUACCAUGAGCAUGUCUGUCAGUACAGGAGCGGCUUUAUGUGCUGA